AUGUCGCUUCUGCAAAACCCCCAUCAAAUUCGACCGUUGAUUUCCUACCCAAUUCAAAAUUUCCCAAGCUCUUUCCAACCCUCAUCUCCAACCCUCCAUUUCUCCACCAAAACACCUCCAAAGCCAAUCCACUUCCACCCAUUAACGCCAAAAUCCCAACCCGCCCACCAUCCCGCCCCCCAAACCAGAACCCAAGACGACGGCAUCCCAGCAGAGGAUGUCAAAAUCCUCGCCAAAUUCAAGUCCAGGUACAAUUACAUUCGUGUCCUCGAAGUUUCUCGAAGAACCGACCACCCCUUUGCUGGGUCAAGGCUUCUCCUUCUUGACAACCCUGGAAACAUCCACAGCAUCUCCUUCAUUUUCAAGUCCCUCACCAGCACUUACUUUGACGUCUUCGCCACCUUGCCGCCGAUUUUGCCUCCUGGACCUGUCGGAAUUCUCGGGUUCGGGGCGGGUUCUGCCGCAAGGUCCAUUCUUGAGCUGUACCCAGAAGUUGCGGUUCAUGGGUGGGAGCUUGACCCGUCUGUGAUUGCUGUGGGCAGAGAGUACUUUGGUCUCUCAAAGCUGGAAAGACAGUACCCAGGUAGGCUUAUAAUUCAUGUUGGAGAUGCAUUCAAAGCUAGCACUAGAGAUGGGUUUUCAGGGAUUUUGGUGGAUUUGUUUUGUAAAGGCAGUUUGGUUCCUGAGCUGCAAGACCCAAAUACUUGGAAGAUGCUCAGAAAGUGUUUGAGAAAAGGCGGGAGAAUAAUGGUCAAUGUAGGAGGUAGUUGUGUGGAGGCUGAGGACAUAACGAGAGAUGGGAAAGUAGUUAUGGAAGACACAUUGAAGGCUAUGCAUCGGGUUUUCGGCAACAAGCUUUUCGUAUUGGGCCUUGGGAAUCGACAGGAAGAUAGCUCCCUUGCUCUUACUGGUGAUUUGCCUGAUCUUGAAGCUUGGAAGAAGAUGCUGCACCGUUCCUUAGCUCGUUAUGUUGAUAAGUGGAAGCCAUUUAGCGGUUAA